UCGUCGAGGUGUGCUUCUUUAUCCGGCUGGUAGCUACCCCGUCUACGGGUGUAGAUGCGCUUCCCCCCCAUCCUCCUCCUCUUCUGGUCGAUGUAGUUUUUAUUUCGCCGCCGUGACUCUGUAAACGCCGGACUUCACCGCUGAAGUCAGCCGAAGUUGCCUUCGAGGAGAGGAGCUCCACUCUGGCCGAACAAUGAGUGAGUCAAGUAUUUGCCAGGCUCGGGCCACUGUGAUGAUCUAUGAUGAUGGGGGUAAAAAGUGGCUCCCAGCAGGUUCUGGAGCCCAAGCCUUCAGCAGAGUCCAGAUCUAUCACAACCCCACUAACAACACCUUCCGGAUAGUCGGGCGCAAGAUGCAGGCGGACCAGCAGGUGGUUAUAAACUGUCCAAUUGUAAAAGGACUCAAAUACAACCAGGCUACACCCAAUUUUCACCAGUGGCGAGAUGCCAGACAAGUGUGGGGGCUCAACUUUGGUAGCAAAGAAGAUGCUACCCUGUUUGCCAAUGGCAUGGCUCACGCUGUGGAUGUCCUCAACUCCAUGGCAGAUGCAGGUUAUGCCACUCUGCCCCGCCCAGUGUCAAAUGGACCUUCUCCUGAAGAGAUCGAACAGCAGCGGAGGUUGGAGCAGCAGAGGCUUGAACAACAGGAGAGAGAGCGGCAGGAGAGAGAGCGGCAGGAGAGAGAACGACAAGCCGCUGCAGUCCAAAUCCCUCCAGCUCCACCAAUGGCCCCUGGAGGUGCAGCUCCUCCUCCUGCUCCUCCACCACCCCCCGGGCCUCCCCCAGCUGCAGGCAUCCCUCCUCCUCCGGGACCACCUCCCACGGGACCGCCACCAGCUCCACCACUGCCUGCUUCAGGUGGAGGAGGUGGAGGAGGUGGCGGAGGAGGCGAUGAUGGCGGUGGAGGAUUAGGAGGAGCUGGAGGCUUGGCGGCUGCCCUUGCAGGAGCUAAACUCCGCAAAGUUUCCAAGCAGGAGGAGGGCGGUUCUGGAGCUCCACCAGCCAGAACCGAGCCUAACCGCAUGAGCAAUUCCUCAAUUGGAGGAGGAGGAGGAGGAGGAAGUGGAGGAAGUGGAGGAGGAGGAGGUGGAGGAGGAGGAGGAGGAGGAGGUUUGAUGGGGGAAAUGAGUGCCAUUCUGGCACGCAGGAGAAAAGCUACAGACACCGCAGAGAAGCCGCCUGUAAAGACACAAGAUAAUGAUGAUUCAGAGCCUCAAGGUCAAAGUGAUACAAUAAGAAGACCUUGGGAGAAACCGUCCAUGACUAGGAAUAACUCCAUCCCCAAGAGCAUGGACACCACCCCCUCAUUGUCCCAAGCUCCAAGGGCUAAGGGUGCAGGCAAUAACAACGAUGCAGGUGGCGCUGAUGACUCUGAUUUAGAGAAACUUAAACAGGAAAUCUUGGAGGAGGUGCGGAAAGAAUUACAAAAAGUCAAGGAGGAAAUUAUUGGAGCCUUUAUUCAGGAAAUUCAAAAGAGAGGCACAUAGUUCUGCUCAGUUGUCAGGUUUCAUAGAGGGAUGUGAUGCACAGAGGAGGCUUAGGUGCAUCUUCCACCAACCAACCCCUCUCCUGUAGCCCAGGGAUUUCUCCUUCUACACCUUUUCUCUUUUUCUCUAUCAAUCUUAAACACAAGAGCAUUGUUGCUUAUUUGUACAGCAAACCUACUCAUUUCAUGUCAAAUAUAACCCAGGGACUUCCUCACUUCACCAUCCAGCACUUUGGAUGAUUCUACUCGUGUCCACUCCCUUAUGCUGUCAGAUGCAUUAUUACUGAUAGAGCACUCUUCAGUAUUCAGGGAAAGUUUUAUUUAAUUCUUCUUUCUUUUUACUGUAAUAGCAGAUACUUUUUGCUAAAACCUUAUGGUUACUCAGAGUUGGAGUUGCUAAAUUCAAGGAUGGAUCUGGAAAUCAAACUCUUUCAUCUCCUUCAAGACUUUUGACCUUCCUGGAAAGAGACAACUCAAAAGCCUUCACUGCUGCAGCAACAGAGAUGCUUGAGGAAGAGGAGUCGAGCAAAAGGGAACCUAUUGGAUGAGCCGAGUGCUGUGAAAGAGGAGUUUGUUGUAGUUUUAUAAUUUGUGAGAACUUUAUUUCUCUUUGCAUUGCACAUAUUCUGGAGGAGGUGUGUCUGUGCGCCACACUGCCUUGAUAGACUCUUCGCUCUCACUCAAAAAGAGACCUCAUCUGUCGACCAGUGCAGUGGUCCUACUGUAUGCUGUGCUUCUGCCAGUUGUUUUUCUUUAAUUUUAGAUAUGUUGUUUUCUUUUUAUUAUGAAACAUGAAAAAUGGCCAUAAUGAGGUCAAAUAAUUUGGCCAUGACCAACUGCCUUGAGAGUAAAUCUAUAAAUAUAUAUAUCUAUAUAUGAGGAAAUAUAUUUGUUUUGAGGGAAAAUUUAAGCAAAAAUGAAAUGGUGUUUCUAUUUUAAUUAAUAUGACUGGUGAGUGGGUAUUUUGUUUCAUUUUUUUUUUUUUUUCAAUGAUUGUUUUUUUCUUAUGAAAUGUUAUUUUUUUGGGUUUUCCUUUUUUUCUAAUAGUCUAGGCUUUUUACACUGAAAUAUAAAGAAAACAGCUUAGAGACACUGGACUAGAACCGCCUUUAUAGUCAAAUACAGCUGCUUCUUAAAAUGCA